UUACCUGUUUUACCCUUGUCCUUGUUGAGGACAGAUUUUCCAUUUUUUUCCCCUAAUAAACAAAAUUCUGCAUAUAUAUUUCCUCUAUUUCGUAUUUUCCCUUCUGCCCUGUGCUCCUUCUGCUUCCUCCUUGCGGGCUCCAAAAUGCUCCAAUCUCUCAUGGAUGUGUCGAUCUGCGUCUUGUUCAGUUUCAACAGAAUAUUCUAGAGAUCAAUACUAUAUAUAAGCAGUUUAUUAUUAUCUGGCUGGUCUUGUUCGGAGGGAUAACAGCCUACCAGGAAUUGGCCACAUUUGUAGUACUUCAAAAUGUUGCUUGCUUGGUGGAAUCUUGUGGACUGAACUCGAAGAAUCAUGGCUAGCUUCAGCGAAGACGAAGAAUGCCGAUUUUUCGAUGCUCAAGAGGAGGUUGCGACGUGCACUGCUACGGAGUAUGACGUAUGGAUUGGGAGCCCAAUGAGCGUGCGAGAGCGUAGAAGUAAAUUCAUGAAGUGGAUGGGACUGACUUCGGAUCAAAUUGCCCUUGAAAAUUCUGCAGAUGUACGCAGUCUUGCGCAGGAAGAAGAUAUGAAUAGAAUCAAAGAAGGUCGCGGGACCGGGAAGGUGACCUCCGAUUCUCCGGAGUUUUGUUCAAUUCGGUCAUCAAUGUCAUGUUGGUCUACUGUGCAUUCGUUGGACGAGCUUGGUUCAAUGGAGAAUUUGGGAUGUGAAGAUGGGAUUUUGGACAUGAAAACGAGUUAUACUUUGGAUCUGGAGGGUCAGCAAGGGAAGAUGAGUGAUUUUAAAGAGGUUAUUUCUGAUCAAUCAGUAGUUGCAGAGGAGCCUCAGGUCUAUGGGAACAAGUCUGAAGAGUCUCGCACUUUCCAACAUUUGACGGGUAAGGAAUAUCGUGCGUCCGAUGUUUUUGGAUCGAGGACGAAGAGGGCUAAAAGGGGCUGGUUCAAAAAAUUACGUUCAAUAACAGGCAUGGCUGACGGGCAAGGUGAUGGAAGACAAGAAGGCAGUUGCGCAUUCCGACAUUGUAGGAUUCAGAAAGUUAAAGUCCGCCAUAGCAGGAGGCAGAGAAAGGAACUUUCUGGCCUUUAUAUGGGCCAAGAUAUUCAAGCUCACGAAGGUUCGAUUUUGACCAUGAAAUUCAGUCCAAAUGGACAGUAUCUUGCCAGUGCUGGUGAAGAUAUGAUUGUGCGGGUGUGGCAAGUCGUGGAAGAUGAGAGAUGCAAUGAAAUUGACAUUCCAGAUAUUGACUCUUCCUGCAUAUACUUUACGGUGAAUAAUCUCUCAGAAUUGACGCCCCUCUUUGUGGAUAAGGAGCAAAUGGGCAGACUUAAGAGUCUGAAGAAAACAUCAGAUUCAGCUUGUAUCAUUUUUCCUCCUAAGGUCUUCCGGUUGUUGGAAAAACCAUUGCAUGAGUUCCAUGGGCAUGGUGGUGAAAUUUUGGAUCUCUCUUGGUCAGAGAAUAAUUAUCUGCUAUCAUCUUCUGUUGACAAGACUGUCCGUCUAUGGAAAGUGGGGUAUGACCAUUGCCUGAAAGUUUUCCCGCACAGUAAUUAUGUGACUUGUGUACAAUUCAAUCCUGUGGAUGAUAGCUAUUUUAUUACCGGAUCAAUUGAUGGAAAAGUGCGCAUUUGGGCAAUUCCAGAUUGUCAUGUUGUUGAUUGGACUGAUAUCAGAGAGAUUGUGACUGCAGUUUGUUACCGACCUGAUGGGCAGGGUGGGAUAAUUGGCUCCAUUACAGGAAGUUGCCGGUUCUACAAUGUCUCAGAGAAUCACUUGCAGUUGGAUUUCCAGCUAUGCUUAGUUGGUAAAAAGAAACAUCCUGGCAGAGGGAUAACUGGCUUUCAGUUUCACCCACAAGAUCCUGACAAAGUUUUGGUUACCACUUCUGAUUCAAAAGUCAGAAUCCUUGAUGGGGAUAAUGUGAUUGGCAAAUACAAAGGCAUUAGCGCAGGGAGCCAACUAUCUGCGUCAUUUACUUCCAAUGGGAAACACAUUUUAUCAGCCUGUGAAGACUCUAAUGUAUAUUUAUGGAACGUUAGUCAGGAACAGUCUAGUCCCAAAAAAGCAAAGAAGAUCAAGUCGUGUGAGCGAUUUUAUUCAAAUGCAUCUGUUGCAGUACCAUGGUGUGGUUUGAAAUCUCAAAAUCAUGUUUAUGAUUGUCAGUCGGAUACAUUGGGUCAGAGAUCACCUCAAAUUAUACGUCUCAAUCCACCUGCUUCUUUUUCUCUCAACCAAGAUUAUUACUUGGAAUCCUUUCCCAAGGGAUCUGCAACUUGGCCUGAGGAGAAGCUUCCUGUUUCAAGCCUGAAGGCUAAAAAGUCUGCAAUGCAUAAGUCUGAAUACAAGUUCUUGAAAUCUUCUUGCAAGAGUACAUCCAGUUCUCAUGCAUGGGGUCUUGUCAUCGUUACUGCAGAUUGGGAUGGGCGGAUCAAGUCAUUCCACAAUUAUGGGUUGCCCGCACCUGUCUGACAUUCAGUGACUUGGCUAAUUUGGACUAGAGAAUCAAACUUCUUUGCCUUGUUAGGGCAUGGUGCCCUUGGCAAAUUAUAUGCUGCUAAUCUUCAAGGCUUGAGACUGAUGUUUAAUAGCAUCAGCAACAAUACUGGUUGAGGUCAAAUUCUGACUAGGGAUUGCAGCUUAGAUGAUUAAAGGAACUUUGUCUUUCAGGUCGGCUCCUUUCAGAGUUCUCGGGAGUAAUAUCAACAAUUGGUGCAUGACCAGCGGCAGCAUAAAAUCAGUGGGUGGCCCAGGCCAAAUUGCCUUUUGUUGCACAAGAAUCUGUUGACCCCUAAAAGAGAUGCAAAGUCAUGUGUUGGACCUUUGAAGAGGCUCAUUUGGUAAAAGGAGAAUUUAGGAACUGGUGGCUGAAGUUUGCUUUGCUAAACAUGGUGGGGAGUGUUUUGCAUCAUAUAAUUGGCUCUCAUAACUGAUAAAAUCUCUCUGUCUCCUGAUUUUUCCAUCGAUCUGCUGGUAGGACCCCCUUGUACCUGGGUCUUCAGAUGCGGUGCCAAUCAAUGAAGUGGUGAUUUCUGCUUCCAUAUCUGUCCUUUUCUCCGGGGGAAAAUAUACAAAACAGUACAUUCUCAUUAGUGGCUCUUACUGACUCAGCGUUAGGCAACUGCUUCGGUGUUCGCCAUAUCAUUGCUAACAAAUAUUUGAUUGAUAUACCAUCUCAGAUUUAGGCUAACAACACUUCUGACUAGUUCAGUUAUUCAAGGGUCAAAUCUUUCUAUUUUAUGUUCAUAGAAAUGCCAUUUUGGUAAUAGGCAGACAAGUAUGCAUGCAAUUUGCUUAUGUAAAUAAAAUUUCUUUCUCGGAUCAGCUUGUUGCUGAUGGAAUUUUUGUUUGAGGCACUGUAAAGCAGAAACGAUUGGCAUGGAAGUCGAAGAAUAUUGAUACUCAACUGUUCAGAUCGGUACUCAUGCAUCUUUUAUCAUUGGUUUUGUUCUAUUACAAAUGUAUAGAGAGGAGCUAAGAAAGAACAGAGGUCAUAUUGGUUUAAUCGGUGAUAAUUCAAUGACACUGAUGGUGUGGUUGAUGGCGAGAAAGACUGGCGCUAAUUGACCGCUCCAAUAGGAAAGUGACGCAUGGAUCAGAGCCUGCCAUGUAUUAUUCCAACUUCUAGAAUGCAUCUUGCACUUUUCAAAAAGCAUUAUAUUUUUGUUUGUGACACUGGAAAAUGGAAUUUGAGAUAUUGGCAUGAUCUGCACAAACCGAUGUUACUUCUCA